AUGGCUGACACCGAAUACAAUGCGGAAGAGGCUGCUGAGUUGAAGAAGAAGAGAACAUUCAGAAAGUUUUCCUACCGUGGAAUCGAUCUCGACCAACUCCUUGAUCUUUCUUCUGAACAGCUCCGCGAUGUCGUUCACGCUCGUGCUCGUCGCCGAUUCAACCGCGGUCUCAAGCGCAAGCCAAUGGGCUUGAUCAAGAAGCUCCGAAAAGCGAAGCAGGAGGCCAAGCCAAACGAGAAGCCCGAACUCGUCAAGACGCAUUUGCGUGACAUGAUUGUUGUUCCCGAAAUGAUCGGUAGCGUCGUCGGAAUCUACUCCGGCAAAGAAUUCAACCAGGUUGAAAUUAAGCCUGAAAUGGUUGGACACUACCUCGGAGAGUUCUCCAUCUCAUACAAACCCGUCAAGCACGGUAGACCCGGUAUCGGUGCUACUCACUCUUCGCGUUUCAUUCCUCUCAAGUAA